AUGACUGAUGAAUGCACUGUCCACAAGUUAAGAGUGUCAUAUGCAAGGAUCUUAGUGGAGAUAGACAUCACACGCAAACUGCUUCAUGAAAUAACCAUAAAAGACAAUGAUGGUAGGAAGCUACAGAAGGCAAUUGAAUAUGAAUGGCGUCCCAAAUUCUGUGAUAAAUGUCAACGGGUGGGGCACAAAUGUGGUGAUGCUAUCAAAAAGAAAGUCUGGCAGCCAAAAACACCAACAUUGAACAAACCAAGCACUUCUGAAGUCGUGACACCAUGUAGGGUGGAGGUAGUACAUCAAGCAAUUGGCGACACUAGCAAACCUGACAAUGUGGAGGAAGGAGAACAAUGGACAACAGAAAAUAAAGCAGUACGUGAUAGAGGGAAGAGCAUCCUAAGGAGUGAAUCACAAGUUAUUCCGGGGCUCAAUAAGGGUGGAAAGCUUAGGGAGAUCUGCUCCCGUCUCCAAGAGCUAAAACCAGAGAUUAUGAUUUUGCUAGAAACGCGUGUGAAGAUUAAUAAGGUUGCUGCCAUUAGAGGUAAGUCCCACCUUAAAGAUAAGUUCAUUGACAAUUACCAAAAACAUCUAAAUGGCAUAAUGUGGAUUGGAUGGGAUCAUGCUAAAGUAGACAUAAGAUUGAAUAGUAUUACUAGCCAAUCUAUUCAUUGUGAAGUUUAUGAUAAUAAUGGUACAUUCCAUUUCUGGCUCACUGCAAUUUAUGCUCGUAAUCAGUUAGAGCAGAGGAAAAAUCUUUGGCACCAUAUCGAAGACCUUUCAAAGAUUGUACAAGGGGCUUGGUGUGUUGUUGGUGAUUUCAACAAUGUGAACAAAGUUCAAGACAGGAUAGGAGGUAGAAUGGUGAAAGAAUCUAAGUAUGAGGAUCUCCACAAGAUGUUGAAUUCCACAGGCCUGGCAAAAAUGGAUAGUACUGGAGAUUACUUUACAUGGAUCAAUAAGCAAAGCAUGGAUCUUAUAUACUCUCGUAUAGACAGGGUUGUGGCUAAUUUGGAUGCAGCAGAGAAUAAGAUUUAUUGGAUAAAAAAAGGGGAUGAUAAUAAUGCUUUCUUCCAUGCUUUCUUAAAGGCCAAGCAUCAUGAUAAGAGUAUGACUAUGAUCAAGAAAAAUGAUGACACAAUUCUCACUAACCAGAAGGACAUUGAAACUGAAGUUAUGGAAUUCUACAGAAAGUUAAUGGGACAGACUAGUCAUAAUCUUACUAAUAUUGAUGUAGUAGCCAUGAGAAGAGAAAAACAAUUGAACAUUAAGUAG